UCAUGAAAUCGGCACAGUUUAAGGCAAGACUUGAAUCAAUUAUUUCCUUUUUCGAGAUUUUCUUGAUCGAAUCUAAGUGAAGAUGCAGGGUAUAAACGUUUUUGUCAUUUUGGUGGUCGUGGCUCUUUUUGGGCUAAUCUUCGCGGCGCCUGCUGACGAGCCAUCCGGCGUGGAGCAGGUCCCAGCGAUGCUGGUGCGUUCUGGUCCAGCGCAGCUCUCGCUGGGCGAGCCGCAGCCGCGCCAGUGCACCAACAGCGCAUGCGCGCAACUCUGCCGUGCGCUCGGCUGGGCCACCGGCUUCUGCCUCGACGCCGAGUGGUGUCUCUGCUACAACUAAACUGACACUCACGCGCACAUUAACAUUAACUAGAGUCUAAUCUAAGAUGACAGCGACUUUGAUACUUUGGGAAAAUUUUGCACGCAAAUUGACGUCUCAUCAAAAUCGUUGUCAACUUGGUCUAACUACAUGUACAGCUGUGUCAACCGUAGGGAUGCUUCAAGUCGCAUAAUAUCAAAUGAACUUUCUAAAACAUAUAUUUAUGUAGGUACUUACCUAAAGGAUUGUAAUCGAAAAAUGCAUUUUUAUUUUAGGAUUAAUCUUACACAUUUAAAAUCCGCAUUUUAAUUUAUUAUUUCUAUUAAACAUAAAUUAUUCUGAAUCUUAUGUAUAUUAUAUUAAAGUAGGUACCCACGUAAUAAUAUGACUCGUACUAAUGCUUGAACUGGGAUUUUAAUUUUAAAAUUAUUUUUCAAAUCAAAAAUAUAUUCGCACAAUACGAUCCAACAUAACGCCUGCCAUUUAAAGUAAUCCUCUACAUUCACAAAAGCCGGCACAAAACUAAAUUUUAAGUCGAUUUUCUGUAUCACUUACACCGUCAAAAGAAAUUAAUCCAAUAACUUUGUACACCUCGGGACAAUCAAACUUGCAAACAUAAGAAAUUUGACAAAACAACUUAAGUCCUGAACCAAUCAAUAUAAAUGAUGCUUUAUUAUACAAAUCGGAUGGAUUAAUAUUGCGAAACAUACAUUGGCAAAUUCAACCUUGUAUUCAAAGAUGCACGGUAAUAAAAACCAAUAGAAAUAAAGUCAAUUGCAAUGCUCUAUGGCCUAUUUCCUCUUAUGUCAAUGCACAAAGCAUUGGACCGGAAAUAUGCGUUUACCUGAAUCUAAAAGGUUUUUUGUGAAUGGAUGAAUUGAAUGAAAGAGUCCAUUCACGACUAGUUUAAAUGUCGCGUAAACGUUGAUUUUUUUUGCGGACGUUUGGCAGGCUGUUUAGUGUAGAAAAUUAUUACACUUGGAGUAAAACUUGCUAUUGAAUGCAUAACAUUUAAUAAAGUAUUGGAGUUUUAUUGAAAAAUGCAUAGGAUUUGCAAAAUUGGAGUUUUAUUGAAAAAUGCAUAGGAUUUGCAAAUAUGUAUAUGUAAUAUGUUGAAUUCUGAUUCAAUAUGGAUCGAAUAUGGUACCUAGUGGGAAAAGUGACGUUUACUUAAGAAACACUGUGUCAAAUCUUAAAAAUAAACUUUGCUUCGGGGCA